AGCGUCGCACAUUUCAACAGCGCCCUCUACAGCCAGGCGGGUUAAUAGAUAGAAUUAGUGUUGUUGGAGAAAAAUGAAUCCCAUUUUCAGUCCUUCGCUUCACAUUCAAAGACAUCAGUUUGUCAUCGAUUUUGUCAGAAAAAACAAACCUAAACAGGUAGCCGACUUGGGCUGCGGUGAGGGUAAGCUCCUGAAACAGCUCAAGUUUCACCGGAACAUUGAACUGCUGGUCGGCGUGGACAGCAAUGGCGCAAAAAUCAAGAAAAUGAGGCACAGAUUAGCUCCUCUGUCAACCGACUAUCUGCAGCCUACUUAUGACCAGCUGCGUGUAGAGCUGUACCAAGGUUCAGUGACACAAAGGGAUGGUCGCCUCAGACGAUUUGAUUUAGUGACCAGCAUAGAACUGAUAGAGCACCUCACUCUUACUGAUUUGGAGUGCUUUGCUUCUGUGGUUUUUGGAUACAUGAUCCCGGCAAGUGUUAUCGUCAGCACCCCAAACUCUGAAUUCAACGCGCUUCUGCCGGGACUGACUGGUUUCAGACACAGUGAUCACAAGUUUGAGUGGAACAGAUCAGAGUUCAGAUCCUGGGCUCUUAAAGUGUGUUUGGAUUAUGGCUACGAGGUGGAAUUCACUGGUGUUGGAGAAGCACCACAGGACCAGCAAGAAAGUAUUGGUUUCUGCUCCCAGAUUGGCGUCUUUCAUCGUCUCCAGGGCAACGAUCAUUGCAGCGUGUUACAUGGCAGCGAUGUGGAGGAAGUGUUUGCGUACACAUUGGUGUACUCUGUAAACUACCCCAGCCUGCAUGACAGCAAUACUUUGCGCAAAGUCCUAGUGAGUGAGGUGUUGCAUUGGGCCGAACACCUGAAGAACCGGUGGAUGAAGGAAAAGACUGGAAGGACAAAUGAUGUUUUACCACACCGUCAGACUGAACAAGGAGCCUUGGAGGAGCUGCUUUCAGAAUCACAUACACCAACAUCAUGUACAGAAACGUUGGAUUGUCCCGUGGAUUAUUGUGACAGAGGUGAUGUUGAGGAGCAGGAGGGUGCCGGGUUGCUUUGGGCAAACGACCCACAACAACAGUCUGGUACAUUAAACAGAUACGUCUUAGUCCCUCUGGCUGUGCUGUGGUCCUGCUGUCCUAAAAUCGGUGAACUGAGUGGAAGUCUUGAAAAUCUCAGACAUCUGCUGAUGGAUCAUCCGCAGGUUAAACUCACUCAGGAUGGCUCGUCUCUGCUUGUGAAAUGUGAAGAACAAGACCCAGAUCAGGUGGACGGUGGCUUGGAAGACGAUGAGGAUUUUCGGGCCGUCCAGCGUUCUCAUAGAGCUGAACCAGAGGAAGACUGGGAAGCAAAUGUUUAAUAUGGAAACGUUGGUAAUGCAGUUGAAUCUACCCAAAGAGAAUGCAUGAAAAAAGAAAUACUGCUUGUUGCUGCUGGACUGCACAGUUUGUAGCAUCACUUCUGUUUGAACUCUAGGAAUUUUGGAUUUUUCAGUUUAUUUUGGACAAUAUGUGAAGGCUGGUCAUGUAAAAAAAAAAAAAAUAAAUAUAUAUAUAUAUAUAUAUAUAUAUAACAAACCUAA